AUGGGUACCAGCAGAAGCAAGAGGAGGAAGAAGCAGCAGAAGCAGCGCCAACAGCAACAGCAACAGCAACAGCAACAGCACCACCAACAGGAACUCCCACAGGCACACCAACUGGAACCACACAAACAUCUGGAACCACACCAACCACCACCAACCGCAACACCACCAGGUAGCACUGAACCACCACAAUCCACUCCUGUCAAGUCACCAGUGGAUCCACCCUCAGUUCACCGUCUACCUGUGGUUCCCCCACCAUCUUACCAACUCAGUGGAUCAUCUUUUGCAUCCUCCAACCUUGGCAAGCAUGAUACCACCAUGAUUAGCCAACAGCAAGCACAACUGGUGGAGGCACUGCACCAACAAAAGGAGGAGACCAUGGAGCGCCAGGCUGCUUUUGAGGCCAGGCUAUCCCAAAAACAACAGGACAUCAACCAGUCUAGUGUCUCCAUCCAUUGGUUGGUCCACACCUUGAUGGACCAAACCAACAAGCAACUUUGCCUCAUGGGUAUUGGAGGGAUCAUCCCUAUUCCUUCCAAUGCAUCUUCUUCAUUGUAUCACCAUCCUUAUGGUUUACUGCCCAUGCGACAAGGUGUGGAAGGAACCACUGUUUCUAUAGCACAUUCUCAAGGCAGUUCAGAAUCAAUUGUUUUGGGUUCAGGAUUGAUGAGUGUUGUUGAGGACCAUCCUGGUCCAUCCCCUCAGCCCCAAGUGGAUAUAGAUGUUGCCAUUCCACCUUGUGGCGAUGAAGUCAUUGACCAUUUUGAGGGUCCUCAAGGAGGAGGAUAA